GCUACGAAAGUGUUCGGAUCUAUUUAAGUGUUCUGAUAUAAAAUUUCUUUUCUGAUUUUAUUUUGUCUUAUAUAUAUGUGAAAUAUCUUUUUCACGAUAUUAAUCUAUUACAAAAAUUAAGUUAACGUUUUAUUAUUGUUUUAUUAAUAGUUUAAACAACUAACUUACAUCUUAUUAAUCGAUUCAAAAGUUGACUAGUUGUCAAGAGUUAUUUAUAAAUAUUUGCAUAUUAAUAUAAUAUAAUAAAAUAAAUUAAUAUAAUAAAAAGAAGAUACAAUGGGUCGAGAUGACGAAAAUAGUAAUUCAGAAGAUGAAAGGGAACGAUCUAGAAGUCCUUCACAGGACUCAUCUGCUAGAGUUGAAAAUGUGAAUAGGAGUAGAUCGAAUACUCGAAGUCCAACUUCAUCUCCAGCAAGAUCUAAGCCCUCUUCGCCGAUGCAAGUAGCAUCACCAGCAUCGUCGACUUCUGCACGUUCCAAUGCCAGUUCUAGAAAGUCAUAUUCUAGAUCUCGUUCGGCUUCUAAAAGUCGUUCGCCUUCUCCAGCAUCCAGUACUCGAAAUCUGAGAGCUUCCAGAUCUCGUUCAAAAUCUUUUUCUGAAGAACGUGCGGAUAGUGGUGAAAGGAAACAAAUCCAGUCACCCAGUCCUGCACGCUCUGGAAAAUCUUCUUCGAGAUCCAGGAGUCCAUCACCGAGUAAAUCCAAAGAGGGUUCACGUUCACGUUCACCUUCACGUUCAAGGUCACGUUCUAGAUCUAGAUCUAGAUCUAAUUCAGCAAAACCAAGUAAAAGUGCUUCCUCAAUGAAUUCUCGGUCUCCAUCAAGAUCACCUUCACCCAGGGUAGCUUCUAGAUCGCGUUCUCGUUCUGGAUCAAGAAGAUCACGUUCUGUGUCUCCUAAUGCUAAUCGUGCAUCAAGAUCAAGAUCAAGAUCAAAAUCUCGUUCACAAUCAGGCUCAAGAAAGGGUUCUUGCUCUCCUAAAGCUUCGUUGGAAAAUUCUUUUUCUAGUGUUAGAAAAUCACGGUCAAAGUCACGUUCCACUGAAAGUUUAAAGAAACAUUCUCCUUCGUCAAGAAAAAGUUCACACUCAAGAUCACCAUCGCAUUCAGGAGAUGAAAAAGCUAAAUCAAAGUCACGGUCUAGAUCUAGAUCUGGUUCUGGAUCUCGAAAACAAUCUCCUAUGGCUUCGCAUAAAGGAUCAUUAUCAAGAUCUCCUAGUCCAGAAAGAAAAGAAUUGUCAAAGUCCAAAUCUAGAUCAAGAUCAAGAUCAAAUUCAGGAUCGAGGAAAUCAUCUCGAUCAAGAUCAAGGUCUGGGUCAAGGAAGGCAUCUCGAUCAAGAUCAAGGUCCGGGUCAAGGAAGGCAUCMCGAUCAAGAUCAAGAUCCGGAUCAAGGAAAGCAUCUCGAUCAAGAUCAAGGUCCGGAUCAAGGAAAGCAUCUCGAUCAAGAUCAAGGUCCGGGUCAAGGAAAGUAUCUCGAUCAAGAUCAAGGUCUGGAUCAAGAAAAGCAUCCCGAUCAAGAUCAGGUUCAGGAUCAAGAAAAGCAUCUCGAUCAAGAUCAGGAUCAGGAUCAAGAAAAGCAUCCCGAUCAAGGUCUAGGUCUGGUUCAAGAAAAGCAUCUCGAUCAAGAUCAAGAUCAGGAUCAAGAAAAGCAUCCCGAUCAAGGUCGAGGUCUGGUUCAAGAAAAUCUGUAUCUAGAUCCAAAUCAAGAUCAAGAUCAUUAUCAGGAUCAAGAAAAGGUUCCCCAUCUGGAGCAGCAUCAAGAAAAAAUUCACGCUCUAAAUCAAGAUCUGUUUCUAGAUCUAGCAGAUCUAGAUCACGUUCUGGAUCAAGAAAAUCUGGUUCACGAUCACGAUCAGGCUCAAGAUCAAAAUCACCAUCAAGAUCCCGUUCAAGAUCGCAUUCAGGUUCUCGAUCAAAAUCAAGGUCUAAGUCCAGAUCACGGUCUGCUUCUGUUGCAAAAUCUGGAGGCAGAUCUCGUUCAAGGUCUGGAUCGAGAUCAAGAUCGGCUUCAAAGUCUGGUAGAUCAAGGAGUCCAAGCAAAGAGUCAGAUAGUGGAGUAAAAAAGCGUAAAAGAAUACUCUCUGAUUCAGAAGAUGAAAAUGAUGCUGCUCAAAGUUCGAAAAAAGUAACUCGUGAAUUAUCCGAUAGUGAAGAUGAAGAAAAUGCGGAUAAAUCAGCUAAGAAAAAAGAUGAUGAGGAACCAAAAGAAGAUGAAGAUGAAAAGAAAGAUGAAGAAGAAGUUAAUGUCACAGAACAAGAUAAUGAAGAAUCCGAUGAUGAAAUAAUUCCUGGAGAGAGAGGAAUAGAUGAUUCCAUGUCUGAUUUUGAUAGAAUGUUGGCACGCAAAAAAGAGGAACAAUCACGUAGACGCAAACGUAAGGACAUUGACAUAAUUAAUGACAAUGAUGAUAUUAUUGCUCAAUUGUUAGCCGACAUGAAAGGUGCUUGCGAAGAAGAUAGAAAGUUAAAUCAAUCGAAUAGACCAGCUACGAAUAAAAUUGCAAUGUUACCUAAAGUAUUAUCCCAAUUGAAAAAGCAUGAUUUGCAAUUGGCAUUUUUGGAGCAUAAUGUAUUAGCAGUUUUAACAGAUUGGCUCGCUCCAAUGCCUGAUCGAUCAUUACCCUCUUUAAGAAUAAGAGACAGUCUUUUAAAACUUUUGUGGGAGUUUCCAAGAAUCGAUCAGUCAUCUUUGAAACAAUCGGGCAUUGGCAAAGCUGUAAUGUAUUUGUAUAAACAUCCUAAGGAAACUAAGGAAAAUAAAGAACGUGCUGGAAAAUUAAUCAAUGAAUGGGCAAGACCUAUAUUUAAUUUGUCUGCCGAUUUUAAGGCCUUAUCAAAGGAAGAAAGAUUACAGCGUGAUUUAGAGCAAAAACCUCAUAAAAGAAGGAAAGUAGAAGAAGAUGGAUCCUCUCUUAAAUCACAGGAUAUUAAUAAAGCCUUGAAAGGAGACUCGAAACCUUUGAGACCUGGAGAUCCUGGAUGGGUGGCACGAGCACGAGUUCCUAGACCAUCUAACAAAGACUACGUUGUUCGUCCUGAUUGGAAGUCAGAUGUCGAUAUAAGUAGAAGCACCAAAAAGCAGAUGAAUCGAUUUGAGAGGCAUAUGAAAAAUUACAUGGAUAACAAAAAAAUGAAAUCGGCGAGAAGAGCUGUAGAUAUAUCGAUAGAGGGACGUAAAAUGUCCUUGUAAUAAUGUACAUAUUAGGGAAAUCAUAAAAAAAUUUGAUUACAUCGAAAAUAUAUUGUAAUACGUUAAAUCUAGUUAGUCAGUUUUUGUUGAAUUAACAAAUUACGUACCGUACACACAUAUUAUUGAAUUUUGUUGUACUUCACGUAAAACCUAUCUGCACAUGUUUUACAUGUUUUUAUGCAUUUCGUUAGAACUUUAUGUUAACCCCAUGUGUAUAUAUUUGUGUGUUACUUUAAAUAACGAAAUGUCAUUUAUAUGAUGUCAGAAGGUUCUUGUUUCAAAUUUCUAAACAUUGAAUUUUUCAGUUUUUGCAAUUGUAGCGGUACGUAAUAAAUUAAGUGAAUUUCUUUAUGAAAUGUGAUCCUUAUAAUAAGACAAAAUAACGUUAUAAUAAUAAUAACGUAAUUAGAGUAAACAUGUUCAUUAUUAUUAAUUAAUAUUAAUUUGGCAGAAAUUAUAGAAAUUUUAUAAUAAGACUAAGUAACAAUGACAAUGAACAUUAUUAUUGUUAUUAUUAUAGUAAUAAUGCAA